AUGGUGGAUAGGUCUUUCCUAAUGGCUGACUUGAUGAACUUGUUUAGAGGUUGGAGAUUAGGAAGGGAUGAGGUGACUGCAACUCAUUUGCAAUUUGCUGAUGACAUAAUCAUUCUUUGUGAGGAAGGUGAUAUAUCCAGUAUGAGGAAUCUAAAGGAAUUGGUGGAGGUUUUCCCAAGGAUAUCAGGAUUGAAAGAGGCAAUGAUGGAUGUGUCUGGUGUAGGUGUGGUGCCUUUGACGAAGACAAAGAGUGCGAAUAGAUCACAUGUUGUCCAUGUUACAAAGGUUUUCUCUCAGAUGAAGGAUGGUCUUGUUGGGGAAGUCCUGGCAACAAAUAUAAGAGGAUUUACAAAAGAAAAGGAUCAAGAUGCGUGGCUAGAAAUAUUCUGGCUUAUGGUAACAGAAUUUGAUGUGGUGGAUGUCUUAGAGAUUGUCAUGAAGCAUCAUACAUCAGAUAUUACCAGUAGGGCAAUGUCUCUGAUUGCUCUUUUGAAGCUCUCAUCUCGCUUUCCAUCUUGUUCAAAGAGGAUUAAGGAAAUAAUUGUUCAGCAGAAAGGAAAUUUUGUGCUAGAAUUGCAGCAGAGAGCUAUUGAAUUUAAUUCUAUUAUUGAAAAGCACAGGAAUAUCAGGUCUGCUUUGGUGGAACGAAUGCCAGUUUUGGACGAGGCAACUUAUGGUGGAAGAAGGGCUGGUUCUUUGCCAACAACUGUUUCAACCUCAAAGGGAGCUUCACUUAAUCUUCCAAAUGGAGUUACAAAACCCGCUGCAGCUCCUCUUAUUGAUUUACUUGACUUGGGUUCAGAUGAUGCUCCUGCACCUAGCUCUUCUGCUGGUGAUUUUCUCCAGGAUCUGCUUGGUGUAGAUUUGGCACCAGUUUCAUCAUUGCCAGGCACCAGCCAGGUUCCACCAAGUGGCACUGAUAUGCUACUAGAUCUUUUAUCAAUAGGAACAUCUCCUGUACAAGACAGUUUAUCAACAGUUGACAUAUUAUCCUCCAGUCAUGAUAGCAAAACAUCAGUUGCACCAUUGGAAGGAUUGACAUCACUUUCUUAUCCACUUUCCAAGCAAGUUUUCUCUCCCACAGAAGCUGCUUCAGUAGUGGACUUAUUAAAUGGAUUAACCCCAAAUUUUUCAACUCUAGGAGGCAAUGGUCCAGUUUAUCCAUCCAUAGUUGCAUUUCAGAGCAACUCCUUGAAGAUAAUGUUCAGCUUUUCAAAGCAGCCUGGAAAUCCACAGACUACAUUUAUCCUUGCUACUUUUACAAAUAUGUCAUCUAAUGCCUAUAUGGAUUUUGUUUUCCAGGCAGCAGUUCCAAAGUUUGUCCAACUGCACUUAGAUCCAGCCAGCAGUAAUACCCUACCUGCAAGUGGUAGUGAGUCGGUGACACAAAGUUUGCGUGUGACCAACAGUCAACAUGGACAGAAACCUCUAGCCAUGCGCAUACGAAUAGCUUACAAAGUGAACAACCAAGAUGUUCUUGAACAAGGACAAAUCAACAAUUUUCCAGCUGGUUUGUAAGGUUAAAGUCAGUCCUUGUGGGGAAACCUGUUGUUGCUCGUCUGAAAUGUGGGGUGCGGUGUUGGUUUCCAUAUUAAUUUUGCCCUAUGUAAAUUGUAGUAGUUAGCAUAAAUCCACAGAGGUUGUCUUUGGGCUUUGUCGAUAGUCAUUUUGGCUUUUUUUUUUCUUUUUUUUUUUUGGUGGUUUAUGUACAUUAUGAUCUCACAUUCUCAUGUUCCCAGAAGAGGAAGUCGUAGUACUUAUUUUUCUGAGCAAGACUGCAAGAGAAAGGGAAACUGGGAGAGGAGAAUUGUUCUC